UUUGGGGCUGCUGCAAAGUUUCCAGAUGGCCCUCUAAUGAGGGAUGGGGGGGCAUGUUCCGCCGCGAAGGGGCGGAGCAGCGGGAGUUCGUAAUUCAACACUGACAGCUUGAUCCGGUUAUUUGAGCGCUUGCGAAGGCGGCAACAGAUGCCCCGACCUGGCUGUUUUAGUCCCUUAAGAAGCCACUAGUCCAAUUAACACAGAAGGGGGGAGGAAAUCCGCGCAUGUCGGCGCCGAGGCAAAGUUCCAGCGGCGGGGCUUGACGACGACUAUGACCAGAGCUCCGGUGUGGGAUGUCGAGUUUUAUACGACAGCCCGCCAUCAGGGUUAGAGUCGGAGCGCAAGAAAAAACGCAGCGCCAGUGAGAUGCGGGAGUAUUUUAGGCGAUAGCUGGCAGACGCGAUUCGGGCUCACACGGUAAGCCUUGAUAAGCCCCCGGAGAGUUGCUGCCGUAGGCCUGCCCGCCGGCUGCGCGCGCGCGCGUCAUCUUCAAACGACACGGAGUUUCCUCGCGGACCGUCUGUCUGUCAGAGCUGCUCGUUAACAUGGAAACGUUCACUGAUGUGCUGCUCGUCACGGCCAACGUCGGCUCCCUCUUUGACAAUGUGGGUGAAAUUCAAAACGGGUGGCUACAAGAAUUAUAUAAGACAAUCCACAGCUACAAGCCGCAGUUCAUCGCCCUGCACUUCCAGGAAGUGGGAGGGAAAGACUACAUGCUCAAUAUGGCCAGGGCGGAAAACUUCUUCUGGAACAUUGAAUCCAGUGAGGAAAUGAAAGACUUUGACAGAGUGUGUAUAUAUGUGGACAACCAGUUCCAAGCAGAGGACAGCUUUACGGCUUUGGGGAGCAUGUACUUCAUCCACAAGACAUUGAAAAAUAUCUAUCAAUUUGACUUUAAUGUUAAGGAUUUUAAGGCAGUGCUGGAGCAUAACAAGUACGUGGGCUGUCUGGACAAUGUUUCCACUGUGGAGAAAGAAAAAUUCCCCAAGAAUUUCUGGCCUAACUUCAAGUGGUCUAGAAAGGGCUUCAUGAGGACCCGCUGGAUCAUACACAACCAAGGUCUUGACCUGGUCAACAUCCACUUGUUCCACGAUGCCUCCAACCUCAUUGCCUGCAACUCCAGUCCUUCCAUUUACUCAGCUAACCGUAAAAAUGCCCUCAGAUAUGUCAUCAACAGGAUAUCAGACGACCGCUACACUGCUCUGCCUUUCUUCCUGUUUGGAGAUUUUAACUUCCGUCUGGAUACCCUUAGUCUGGUUCAGCAUCUGUCCAUUGAAACAGAUGUGCAGAGAGUGACGAAGGACAGUAGCAAUGAAGUGGAAAAAAUCAUAUGUGAAGAAAAGGACAAUGACCACCAGGUGCUGCUUCAGAUUGAGGAGAAGCUGUUUGCUUAUUUGCAUCAGGCAGUUUUCCGAGAGGACAAUGGUAGAGCUCUUUUGGAAUAUGACAAAGAAAUUGCGGCCUUUAAUGAUGUUAUUAGAGAAGAGGCCAUCAUGUUCCCACCCAGCUACCCAUACAGUGAAGACUACACUAAGCCCACGCAGUACAUGAACACUCGCUGUCCUGCCUGGUGCGAUCGUAUCCUCAUGUCACACUCUGCCCAGGAUUUCAUCCAGAAGAGAGAUGAUGACGAGAAGAAGAUUGUUUACAACACUGUAGGCCCUAAUGUCUGUAUGGGAGACCAUAAGAUAACCAUUGACUCUGAUCCUUUUCUUCGGCUGCAGGUCUGUAAACACACCAGCUUCAGAGCUCUGCCACAGUGGAUAGACAGCGUGAUUGUUACCCACUACGACCAGCCCACCCGCCUCCCAGGGGUUUAACUCAACUCACCUCCCAGCCACACACAACUUUUGACCACAUUUUUUUUGCCAUGGGCACUGACACGGCUGCUUCUCCAAACGUUCCACUCGCUCUCAGAUCUCUGGCGGUGCUGGGUCCUGGUGGCACCGCCAGCGUUUUGAAUCGGACCAAACGAGAGAACCGUGACAAUGAUGUGUAGACAAAAGUAAAACAUCCUCCAUUUUUAUUAGUGUGCAUUUUUAUUGUAUGCCUUUUUUUCCAGCCAGUGUUAAAAAACUAAAACAGACAAAAUAACUUAAAAAACAUUAAUUUAUUCCACUCAUAAUAUCAGCUUUUACAGAUAUCUGUCGAAAUGAGCACACCAAUGUAAGCACAUUUUCAGAAUUGAUUUAACAUUCAAAGCUUGGAGGAAUAUUGCUUUGCUGCAGCUUUGGGACCGGGAGCGCUCCUGUGCUGUCCAACCCCAGGCUUGUGCCGCAACGUUAUCAUAAACAGAGCAGUGUAAAACGUAUUGUUAUGAAAAAUAUUCUUCUGUACAUAUCGAGCACAGGACAUGUUUUUUUUUUCUGGCUGAUUUUGUCUGUCCUAAUUUUUCUGUCAAGCUUGCUCUUAUUUAAUCACCGUGGCAUUUUCCAUUCCUCCACAGAGGAAGAAUGCUGCUCUACAAAUCUCUUUUCAUCGUGUUUAUUCUGAUUUUCUGUACAGAUAAAAAAAAAAGAUGUUUUUUUCCCACAUGCGGCUGCAGCAGCUCGGACGCUGUCGGAUGUUUUCUGAUUAGUUCAACUAUCUGUGAUCUAACAAUGCCACGAUGGCAUCAGGCCACCCGCAGCAGGUUUCUCUGGCUUUUAAAGCAGAUGUUGUCUGUGUUUACAAAGAAGCAGAAGGGGUCGGUAAAGACCUCUUUUUUAAUACUUUGUGCUUCAUUUCAGAAGCUACAUGCAGCUCAGAGUUGUCCCUUUUAGCUUUCCUAACUCAGCGCCCAGUUCUGACUUGCAUCAACCAGAUUUCAUUGCCAAAACAUAAUACUGUCAGCCAGUGUGUUUGCAUAGGACUGCAGAGAAGGAAUGCAGAUGUUUUAUCUCCUCAUCUUAAAACUUUAAAGAAUGCUGUGUGCAUGCAGUAUGCAUUGUUCCACACAGAACCACACUUUGCUUUUGCUUCUUUCUUCAUGUGUUACAUUUCUUGAUUUGUUGUCUCACAAUGUAGCAUGAGAGCAGUAAUAUGUUUUAUGGUGUUAAUUAUUUGUGUGAUUUGUUUGUCCUGGCUUUAAUUAUAAUUAAUGACUGGACCAUUUUUGCCGCUUUUGGCUUCUGGCUUCGUUUGAGUGAUUUCUGAUGGAGCUCUUAAUGGAACAGUACACUCUGUAUAUUCUUACCAAAAUACAUACUUAAGUUCUCACAGAUAUUACCUUUUGAUUGUUAUUUAUACAGCCAGGCUGUAAACUCACCUUUGUAAGAGACAGUAACGCUGUUGUUUGUGUAGAUCGAAACGGUUUGUAAUACAAUGUAAAGUCUUUUCACAGGAGUGGAGUUGGUCGUAGGCCAGUGUUACCUAUAGCUUAAACAUGGUAAACCACUACAUCUUUGUGUAACUUUCCUUUUGUAAAUAAAUUGUUAUCAUCUGC